AUGAUGAAUCCUUUGUGCUCGAUCAACCCCGGACCCGGCAUCAGCUCCAAAGCAGAUGUCCAAUUGUUCGAAGUGUGGAGCACAGAGACCGACGAAUUCAAGUGCUCACGCUUUACCCACUUCGAUUCGACUGAUCAUGUCUGGAUUGGGCAGAAGGACGACGUGCGAAAAUAUGAGCUCACGGUGUCAGACUUGAACUCGGCGCUUACGGUUGUUCCCGACGAGAAAGCGUUUCCCCGGGUACCAGAGCACGUCACGCCGGCAGCAACGACCGACCCGAUUACAUGCUUUGUGAAACGUCCGCAAGUACACGCUUUACUGAACGAGAACUACGCGCCAUAUGUACCGCAAAUGCUAAUGGACGAGGUCGAAACCCUCGAGUUCCUGAUAGAUUAUCCUCAUCCAAAUAUCGUGCUUUACCAUAGCUGCAAAAUCGAACGCGGUUACCUUACCGGGAUUGUUCUUCAGCGACAACCCAAAAUCUUGGAUCAUCGGUUUCUCGACGACGUAACCGCUUUUGAUGUGUGUGCUUUCGAAAGCCAGCUACAAGCUGCAGUAGGACACGUUCACGGGCUUGGCUUUGCACACAACGAUCUUAACCCAUCUAACAUUGCCCUUAACGAGCGAGACGAACCGAUCAUCAUCGAUUGGGGUUCAUCCAAGAAGUUCGGCGAGCAACUCCUGUCUGCAGGGACACCAGAAUGGAUCGACGAAGAGUUUGAUGUCUCGAAGAAAGAGCACGACAUUUCCGCUCUGCACAAGAUCGUUGCUUGGGUGAAGGAAAAGAAAGAGCGUCAGACGCAGAAAUAA